CAGACAUGAAGGCGCGAGGGUAAACAGGUUUAGAGAUGCAGUACCCAUAGUUUUCAGACUGUGAUCCCAAUCAAAGACUUCAGCGCAACAUUUCUUUGCGCUUUCUAUACUCGGUAUCCACAAUUCGUUGCAUCUCUGACCCAACGACAUGUUGCGCUUCCUUGGACUCUCUUCGGCAACUAGCGACGCCAAGCCAGAGCCCUCACGAAGUCUUCCAGCGUCAUGGUACAGGUCCCCGGAACUGCAUCAGCUCGAGAGAAGGGCAAUCAUCUCGAGAAAGUGGAUCCUUGUAACACAUUCGCUACGUUUCAAGCAGGCGGGCGAAUUCGUCUCGUUCGUUUAUGCCGACUUUCCAUUCUUCCUCGUCCAAGACCGCGACGGCAACAUCAACGGCUUCCAUAAUGUAUGCCGACAUCGCGCAUACCCUGUUGUCGAGAAGAAGUCUGGCAAAGCGAGCAUCCUGAGCUGCAAAUACCACGGGUGGUCGUAUGGUUUCAAAGGCAAUCUUGCUAAAGCGCCGAGAUUCGAUACGGUAGCCGGCUUCGAUAAGAGCCAGAAUGGCCUCCUUCCGAUCCAUGUUCGAGUGGAUCCUGCCGGCUUCAUCUGGGUUAACCUCCAAGCAGGCGAACCGGACGUCAAGUGGGAAGAUGAGUUUGGCGGCGUGUACCAGAAGCCAAGGAUGCAGAACUUUGACUUCGCGGGAGGGUACAAGUAUGACCACGUCUGGGACAUGGAGCUGGAGGCCAAUUGGAAGGCGGUUAUUGAGAACUACAAUGAGUGCUACCAUUGCCCAACAUCGCACCCCUUGAUUGCGGGAGUGUCGGACUUGACGAAGUAUCAAGUGAAGCCAAGCGGGGGUUGCUUGGAGCACGAGAUCAUCAACAAGAAGGCUCAAGACGAAGAAGACGAGUUUCGGCGCUCGAUCACAUUCUUCUACCCCUCGACUUCGGUCACAAUCACUCAGAACUUCUUUUACAUCCAGCGGAUGAUUCCAAUCAAUGCGACCAAAACCCGGAUCGAGAAUGAAGUGUAUCGAUCUCACAAUUCCACUGAUACCGAGUUCGCUGCCAUCAAUGCAUUCUACAAGCAAGUGCUGGAGGAAGACCGAGAUUUGUGCAUCGGGGCACAGGAAAACCUCAGUGCUGGCGUGUUCAUCAGCGGCGAACUACACCCAGAGAAGGAGAGGGGCCCGAUUCAUUUCCAAAACACCGUUCGAGAAGAGGUGAUGAAGCACCGGCAGAGGGAACUGGCGCAAGGAGGCAGAGAAAUCUGGCCAGCCACGCCAAAUCUACUGGGGGAGAUGGGCACGGGGAAAUUGAACGAAGAUGAAGCUUUCUGCUCGGAAUUGGAGAAAGCCAACUGUGGUGGUCGUGAGGAACUAGCCUGGUGAGCCGUCGGCUUUAUUGUGUCAUCUUGUUGGCAUUUUCGGGACAGCGUUGGUUGUACGGAAUACGAUGUACGAUGGCAUACGGAACUUUCAGCGUUGGUUUAGCCUCAUGAGUUUCAUAGUAUUUUGUUUUCUAUUCUUCCACACCAAAUUGGAAUCUCCCUCUCUACGACCACGCUUC